AUGAACGCAGCUCGCUUCCUCCGCCGUCCCGCAACCUUUGCCCUCCGGCCCUCUUUCGUCGUCCCUCCCUCCGUGUCCGCUUUCAACGCUGCCCGCACAAUGGCCACUGCCGCCAAGAUCAAGGUCAAGAACCCCGUCGUCGAGCUUGACGGCGACGAGAUGACCCGCAUCAUCUGGCAAACCAUUAAGGACAAGUUCAUCCACCCCUACCUUGACAUCGACCUCAAGUACUACGACCUUGGUCUGCCCUACCGUGACGAGACCAACGACAAGGUCACUCUUGACGCUGCUGAGGCCAUCAAGAAGUACUCCGUCGGUGUCAAGUGCGCCACCAUCACCCCCGAUGAGGCCCGUGUCAAGGAGUUCAACCUGAAGCAGAUGUGGCUCUCCCCCAACGGUACCAUCCGUAACCACCUCGGCGGCACCGUUUUCCGCGAGCCUAUCGUCAUCCCCCGCGUUCCCCGCCUUGUGCCAGGUUGGAAGAAGCCCAUCGUUAUCGGCCGCCAUGCCUUCGGUGACCAGUACCGUGCCAAGGAUGCUGUUCUCCCCGGCCCUGGAACCCUUAAGAUGGUCUUCACCCCUGAGGGCGGUGAGGCUCAGGAGAUUGAGGUCUUCAAGUUCAAGAACGGCGGCGGCGUUGCCCAGACCCAGUACAACACUGAUGACUCCAUCACCGGCUUCGCCCACGCUUCCUUCAAGCUGGCCAUCUCCAAGGGCCUGCCUCUCUACAUGAGCACCAAGAACACUAUCCUUAAAAAGUACGACGGCCGCUUCAAGGACAUCUUCCAGGAGCUCUACGACACCCAGUACAAGGCCGAGUUCGAGGCUAAGGGUAUCUGGUACGAGCACCGCCUCAUCGACGACAUGGUCGCGCAGAUGAUCAAGAGCUCCGGUGGCUACAUCAUGGCCCUGAAGAACUACGACGGUGACGUCCAGUCUGACAUUGUUGCCCAGGGCUUCGGCUCCCUCGGUCUCAUGACCUCUGUCCUGAUCACCCCUGACGGCAAGACCUUCGAGUCUGAAGCCGCCCACGGCACCGUCACUCGCCACUACCGCGAGCACCAGAAGGGCAAGGAGACCUCCACCAACCCCAUUGCCUCCAUCUUCGCCUGGACCCGUGGUCUUAUCCAGCGUGGCAAGCUCGACGAGACCCCCGAGCUUGUCGCCUUUGCCGAGUCCCUCGAGAAGGCCUGCAUUGACACCGUCGACGUCGACGGCAUCAUGACCAAGGAUCUCGCUCUCGCUUGCGGUAAGACCGCCCGCGAGGACUACGUCACCACCAACGAGUACCUCGACGCCGUCGAGCGCCGCAUGAAGAACAUCCUCAAGGAGAAGUUGUAA